CAUUAUUUUCUAAACGCGCUUAGCUAUCUUCUCCCUCUCCGUCUCUAUCUCUAGGUCGAGAUUUUUUUAGGGUUUAUCUCCGAGUUUGGGUUAGCGAAAUCGAGCUUACGGGAUUGUCUCGAUUAUUCUUGUUUGGGUUUUGCUUGAAUCUGAAGCUAACCUUGGGUUAAUUGAGUUUUGAAUCGAUUGCAUCGCCUUUGACCUUUAUCCUCCGAUUGGAUCUGAGAAAAUAUGUCGCGCGUUCUCACUUGCCCACCGCUUGUGUUUGCAAGGAACCAAGCGAGCGUUCAUAACUUGGUCGAAUCGACUAAGCUUGAAAGAAUCACACUUCUUUCGAAAAAGGCGCACCGGAUAGAGAAGAAGGAAAAGAAGGAGAAGAGAAUUGUAAAGAAAGAAAUUAAGCGCGAGAAAUCUCAUAAACAUUCGUCGAUUAAAGCUGAUGAUAGUCAUCACAAGCAAGUAUUUGACCAACUUGAGAAGAGUGAUUUGACAGAGGAGCUUGACGAACCUCAAAACCACCUUGGAUAUUUGUCUGAUGGAAGUCAGAAUAGUAAGAAGAGGAAUAGAGAUGGCUCUCCUCCAGCUGUUGACAGUCUCAUCAAAGCUGCACCUGUAGCAGGUAAACCACUACGGAUUCGGUUGAUCUUCAAAAAACCAAAGGAGGAAGUUCCCUCUCUGCCUGGAGAGGAUCUUGUUUGCUCCACUACAGUUGCAAAGUCUCUCAGUCACCAAGAUGUCAUAACAAGUUCUAUAUCAGGUUCGAAAACAUCUGAGCUUGAAGAGAAUCUGCCGUCAACAUCUGUAGCAGAGGCAAUAUAUGAAACAAAGAAGAGAAAGAAACACAGACCUAGCAAAGAAGAUCAAUACAAUGCAUUGUUUGAUGGUUGGACUCCCUCUUCCAUUUGUUUUACUGAUUCUUCUUCAAAUGACAAUGGUGAUGAUUGGCUAUUUGGGAACAAGACGCAAGAGAUGCUUAAGCCCAAAGCAGCAGUCAAGAUUGCCGAUGACAUGAUGAUGAAGAUGAAACAGGGAGAUUCAUCUUGGCCUAGAGCUCAAUUUUUGUCUGAAGUUGGGAUUUAUUCUUUACCGUACACAGUCCCGUUCUAAUUGCUCGAUUCUUUUUGUUCUAGCUUUAGGCUAAGCUUGUACAGUGUUUGACUGUUUGUAACAACAAUUCUAAUCUAACCCAAUUUUGAUGUGUC